AUUUUCUCUCUCCUCAGCCCAUUCAUUCAAGAGAAAUGCAACAAGGUAAAUAUCAUUUUCCUGCCAAAAAACAAACAAAACAUAACUAAUUAAUCCAUCAUUAAACAUUGUUUUACCACCUAAUAUUUAUGCUAAUUUUGGCAAUGCAUCAUCCUUUCUUUUACAAUGGAAACAUUAACCUUCAUAACUACCUACCUUGAUGAUAUCAUUUCCACACCUUCUAACCAUUAUCAAUGUCACACAUCAUCAUCAUCAUCAAAUGGCUAUGGUAACAAAUCCAGUUUUACCUUCCUCGCUGCGUCUUCUUUAGGAAUAAUGAUUGCUGCCGUUAUUGCUUUUUACCAUCAACGCACCCUUAAAAACCAUAAACUUGUUCCUGGUAUCAAAUUUGAUAGCUCUAAAAGGGUUGCAAAGCUCGAACGUUUUUCCCAUUAUGUAGCAAGGCAAUUAGGAUUCCCUGACCGAAGGCUAUGUCCACAACUCAGCAGAUUGGCAUCUGAUUAUAUACAAAAGAGAGAAGGUUGGGAGGAUACCGUUUACUCCUUUUUCGCCCGUGAUCCAGAUUGUGAUUCGCUAUUCAUCAAACUAGUCGAAGAAUUUGAACGAUGCAUUCUCAGUUACUUCGCCUUUCAUUGGAGUUAUGCCGAAACUUCCCUGAAACAGGUGAUGCAAGGACCAGACCCAGAGCCAAAAAAGAGGCUCAAGAAUAUUUUGCUUGCUGCCUCAAGGGAGAAGAUAAUUGAGAAGGUGACCAAAGACUUGAAGGUAGCAAGAGUAUUUACCACAUUGGUACAAGAAAUGAAAGCAAUUGGACUCGCGCAGCCGAAACCAGAGAUUGAUGAGUCUGAAUGUACAGAUGUGAUGGCGCCAGUAGCAUUCAAAGAUAGAAGUCCAGUUCUUCUCCUUAUGGGUGGUGGAAUGGGAGCUGGGAAAAGUACUGUUCUUAAAGACAUACUUAUUGAACCAUUUUGGCAAGAAGCAUCAGGGCAAGCGGUAGUCAUAGAAGCAGAUGCUUUCAAAGAAACAGAUCUAUAUUACAGGGCCCUUAGCUCACGAGGUCAUCACGAUGCAGUCCACACAGCAGAACUGGUUCACCAAUCAUCUGCAGACGCAGCAGCUUCAGUACUUGUGACAGCACUGAAUGAGGGUCGGGAUGUUAUCAUGGAUGGCACCCUAUCUUGGCUGCCCUUUGUGGUGCAGACAAUAACUAUGGCCAGAAAUGUCCACCGUAAACGAUACCGUAUGGGACCGGGAUAUCAUGUGGCUAAAGAUGGAACUGUGACAGAAAACUACUGGGAACAAUUAGACGAUGAAGAGGAAGAACAAACAACCACUAAAAAAAGGCCAUACCGGAUAGAGUUGGUUGGUGUCGUAUGUGAUGCCUAUUUAGCAGUGAUUAGAGGCAUAAGGAGGGCUAUCUUGUGCGGAAGAGGUGUAAGGGUGAGUUCGCAGCUGAAGUCUCACAAAAGAUUUGCAAAUGCAUUUCCAGCAUAUUGCCAACUAGUAGACCAGGCCAGAUUAUUUAGUACAAAUGCUUUGGAAGGCCCACCAAAGUUGAUAGGAUGGAAGGACAGAGACAAGACCCUACUAGUUGAUCCAGAGGAAUUUAAGUGUCUGAAGAUAAUUGCAGAGUUGAAUGAGAAAGCAGACAACAUUUAUGAGCUUUACAAGGACCCAAACCCAGCAUGUCAAGACGGUUCUAUUUGGAAAGACAUAGUAUCAUCACCUUCAAGGUUAAAUGUGCAACAGGAACUAAAGUACUCAAUUCAAAGAGUUGAAGGGUUGAUAGAUACCAAAAAUAACAAGACAAGCUUCCAGAAUCCAUAAGAGCUAUAUGCCGGAAUUCCAAAAGGCUGCAAGCUGAAAUCUGCCACCAUCUCCAGCUUCUCGUUCAGCAAUCCUGAAUUCCAUAGAAGUUCUGCUAAAACAAAGUUAAAGGUUCAUAGUAGGUCCAAGCACAUCUAACUUGCAAAUAUCAAUUUAGAUUUUACAGCUGCAGCAUCAUUUUGGGAUCAAUAAAGCACAAGUAGCAGUGUGCUUUCCACAAUGUGAUUCCAUUAAGUUGUAUCACGCUGACAACCAAACAACCACCAUGACAUAUUCAAGUCCUAAUGCCAACCCUAAAACAACCUUUUGGUCUUCAGUUCUCA